AUGUCUUCAAAUUCACAAAAUCCGGAGGUAGCAACAGAGACAGUUGCUCUCUCAGGUUCAAUCGACUCCAAGAUCAAUCAUGCUGCCUCUAUUGACUAUUGGAACAGUGUUCCAAGCACCUCGAGCGAGAUGCUAGGCAUGUUGGGCACUUAUCCAUGGUACACGCGCAUCGAACUACAAGGAUCAAAGAACUUUUUGACAAAAGUUCGUCGGCUAGUGCCAAACCUUCCGUCCAGCGGAAAAUUCAGCCUAGGAGCAGACUGCGGUGCUGGAGUGGGACGUGUGACCGAGGGAUUUCUCAGCCACGUCUGCGAUGUGGUCGAUGCGGUAGAGCCGGUAGAGAAGUUCACCCAAGUCUUGCAGGAGAGCAAGCUGAAGCAAGAUGGUAUUGUUGGUGACAUUUAUACCGUCGGUCUUGAGAACUGGUACCCCCAAAAGACAUAUGAUCUGAUUUGGACUCAAUGGUGCGUGGGGCAUCUGACCGAUUCUCAAUUGACCGAUUAUAUCGUCAGAUGCCGUGCGUCACUAACGGAGACGGGUAUUAUGGUGUUCAAGGAGAACUUGUCUACCGAUCCUCUCAAUCAAGAUAUGUACGAUGACUUGGACAGUAGCGUUACCAGAACAGACGCCAAGUUCAAACAGAUCUUUGAUGCUGCUGGCAUGAAUGUGAUCAAGUCUGAGAUUCAAACUGGAUUUCCGAAACAGUUCAAGCUGCUACCUGUGAAAUCGUAUGCCUUACGACCAAAGUUAUGA